AUGCGCGAUGUGGUCACUCUCUUUAUCGAGGCAAGCGUAGCGAAGGGUGAGUGGCAGGCAGCCCUCAGUGCACUGAAACUCCCUCGAGCCAGUCAGAGCAACAGCACCAGCAGCAGCACCAGUGCCGGCUCGUCGUUUGGGGCGGAGGCGGCCUCGAACCUCUUUCGUCUCUCUAGCACCCUCUCCAAGAAGGGGGAGUGGAUGGCCGCGCUCGCGGUGCUGCGCAAUGCCCCAUUGCCGUUUGCCGCGCAGGGGCGCAACCCGUAUUCGUCUGCGUAUCUGGCAGCGCGCGUCCGGGCAUACCAGCAUGUCCUGACGGCCUGCUGCAGCGGCAGCUCAGCAGCAGUUGUAGACAACGCUGCAGCAGUCACAAGACCGACUGCAUCUGCGCGUGAUGUGAAGGGAGGUACGGAAGAUAUGUCCUUUGAGUGCGCUUUGGCGCUAGCCAAAGAGGCGUUCUGCAUGUUUGACAGCGCGCCAGCCCUCUGCGGACGGAGCAAGACGCCGUGUGAAGAGCCGGCAGGUCGAAACUUGGCGAAGCGGCGCGUUACCCCCGUAGCCGCAUCCUCUGUGGAGUUGGAUGCUGGAACGACAUGUGUCGAGGACCUCUUGCGAUGGUGCCGCGCUGAGCUUCCCCGGCGCCGUUCCUGCACAGGGGUAGUCACAUUAGAGCAAACAGAAACCGCCAUACAGCAGCUGACGGAGCUAUCUGACGCGGCUCUGCGCGCUAUCUCAGAUGUACACCUGGUCCCAUCACACGGACCUUCGAGCGAGCCCGAAAAUGAAACGGUCUCCGACCCGCACGCCGAUUCAUUGUACGCGCGGGUCGCCUCAGAUGCGCAGCGCGCAGAGGAUGACCUUACAAACCUACUGGCCGGCAACAAUCGAGCCACGGAUGCCUGGGCCACCUCACUCAACCUUCUACGGCGAAUUCCAGCGGAGCGCAUUUCCGGACAACUCUUCACCGCCCUUCUGCGGCACCUCCUCCACCAUCACCGACGAGGCGAAGUAGCUCAACUGGUGCGCACGCUCGUAUUGCUACAAAGGAGUGGUGACAGCGCGCAAAGGGCUUCACCAGCGCUGACCCGCACACCACCGUCACGUGCCACGGCGAGGGUGCUGCGUUUGGACAGUGUCGUAAUAAAGGUUGUGGCGGAGGCGUGUCACCGGUUGCAACGCAGUGACCUGGCGGCUGAACUUCUCCUCGACACAGAAGCGCGCGCUGCGAUGACACCGUCGGCAGCUGUACCGUUGAUUAUGACGCUGCGUGACGCCGGCACUUACUCGUCGGUGAUGCUCUGGUGGGAGCUUCUACGGAAAGAGGAGCCCGUCCUGCGCUAUCCGCUUCUGCAGCACGCGAAGCUCAGCAGCUACGUGGCCUCGUGUGUCUUGCGCAACACUACCGCGAGGGACGGCGGGGCCAUCGCAGAGGCCCAGCAGGCGCCCUCCUCCUCCGCGGCGAAAGGCACGCGUGCCAGGUUCGCCGCUCGCUGGACUGGAGACUGGCGAAGCGCUCUGGGUGUCUUUCGUGACGCAGCGGCGCCAGCGCACGAUCCUGCUCUCGUCCUACUUUUUCAGCUGCGCCUGCUUCGGCAGGCUGGGCAGUGGGAAGCUGCUGUGCAGCUUUUCAACGCGUUCUGUCUGGCACACCCCGGCAUGCUGAGAUCCAAGCAGUCUCCCCCCGAUCUCGCUGGGCAGGUGCACAAUGGCAGACACAACGACCGGCAUCGCUGGCGCACCCACCGUGAGGCCCCCUAUCCGGGCCCAGGUAGGGAGCGCGCUAGUGCCAUGAAGAGCGCAUGCGCUGUCCUGACGCAAGAGCACGCGGAGGAGUGGAUACCAUCGUCUGUGCUUGUCUGCCUGAAGCAGCAGGUACAGGAUUUGAAGCCAUGA